CUCCUGCCGUCAGAUUUCGUGGCGCACAGGGUGUGCUGUGCCACGGGUCACCAGAGUGAAGAAGAGGUCGCCGGAGGGAAGGAACGGAAGCUUUGGCGGUCGAGGCGCCGGAGCCCGCGACCGGAACAACGUGCAGGUUGCCUCUUUCCUCGAAUCGAAACCGCGACCGUGCUCUCGCGUGCUCCCUUUCGCGAGUGAUGUCAAUGCGAGGAAGGAUCGGUUCUCGUAUCAUCUGACGAGAUGACCUUAACAGAUCAAGCGACGAAAGCCAAAGGACCGCCACGAUGGCUGGAGCCGGACCAGGUGCUUCCGGUUCAAGGACGAGUCGGCGAGGACAUUGUCAUCGAACCGAAACUACGGUGGUCCGACGUUUUCGACGAGCUACGAUUCGAACUACUACGCGGAGAUGUACCGAUACCGUCCGAUCGAUACCGCGUACAAAUGAGAGGCAACGUCGUCCAAUUGACUCUGAAGCAAACACAGAAGGACGACACAGGACAUUACGCUCUGGUGGCUACGAGAGUUGGUCAAGGAUUCGACAAAGGAUCUUCCAAGAAAAUACACCUGAGCGUCGACGAACCUUCAGAAGAGGGUGAUCCACCAACCUUUUUACGAAGAUUGACUGAUCUUGCGGUCAAAGUUGGCACCCGAACCAGAUUCCUCGUGGAAAUCCGGAGUUCGACUACACCGAUGAUCACCUGGCACAGAAAUGCCGAGCCGGUGCACGCGGGUUCGAGAUUCUCUUUCGUCCACGAGGGUAACUUCUACUGUGUCGACGUGGCACCUGUCACGAUCGAGGACGAAGGACACUGGACCUGCAUGGCGGAAAAUCGUGGAGGGCGAUCAUCUUGCACUUCUAGACUUACCGUCAUCGUUCCAAAAGCCUAUAAAAGACCAGAAUUCGUGGAGGAAUUGCGUGCCCUCCUCACGGAGACAGGCACAGUGUCCCUGGAGUGCAAAGUAGUUGGUGUACCUACUCCAGUGCUAAGAUGGUUCAAGGACGACAAAGAGAUCAAGGCUGGUGAUGUCUUCGCUUUAACUGCCAAUCCCGAUGAUCCAACCUCCCUUGGCAUUUAUACCUGCGAGGCAGUGAAUUGUAUGGGAAUCGCUUACUCUUCUUCGAAAGUACACGUGGUUGGAAAAGGAAGUAGGGAGGGUUCUUUAAAGCCAGCAGAUUCCAUGACACCGUCUGGUCCUCUUCCUAUUUUCACGAAACUUUUGCAAGACGAAUGUUGCAGAAUCGGGGACACUCUCCGGCUUUCUUGUCAAGUCCAAGUACCACCAUGGUCGAAAGCAAUUACGUGGUACAACAAAGAAGGACGUAUCGAGCCGAGCGAGAAGUACCAUGUAAUGGAAGAUGGUCUUGGUGGAUAUUUCAUAGAGGUAUAUCCUGUAGAAGCUAUGGACGAGGGUGAAUGGAAAUGCGUCGCCACGAGCGUCGAAGAUAUGAAACAGUUUACUACUUGCUACGUUGCAAUGUCCAUUCCAAAGAACUACAGGAAACCACGGUUCAUGGAAAGCCUGAAAGCUGUCCUAACGGAGGAAGGUUUGGUAUCCUUCGAGUGCAAGGUCGUAGGAUUCCCCACGCCUCUGCUGAGGUGGUUCAAAGACGGCCAGGAACUAAAACCAGGAGAUGUUUACCAAUUAACUGGUACCAAUUCCUUAGGCUCCUACUGUUGCAUUGCAAGGAAUUGUAUGGGAGAGGCAAAGAGUACAGCCGAAUUAACGAUCGAAGAUAUACAAAAUCAAUUGAACGAGGAAGAACGUUUGCAACUUCUAAGCACGAAUCAACCGCCCACUUUCAUCAAAGGCCUUAGGAGUUGCGAAGCGAGGAUUAACGAAAACUUUCGAUUUACGAUACAAGUCAGUAUUUCCCCCGAGCCGAGCCUAGCUUGGUACAGAGACGACAUGCCAGUGGAGGAGAACGAGAAAUACCAGAUCGUCAAGGAGAGCCUCGGCACUUGGCACCUCGACGUGAAAACGCUCGAAUUCGUCGAUCAAGCCGAAUGGAAGUGCGUGGCUUCCAACGAUCACGGUCAAAGCGUCACUUCCUGCUUUCUCAAAUUAAUCAUUCCCAAGCAUUAUAAGAAGCCGAAGUUUCUUGAAAGUUUGCGCGCCAUAUUGUCGGAGGAGGGUGCAGUGAACUUGGAGUGCAAAGUGAUCGGUGUGCCUCAACCGAUUCUCAAGUGGUACAAAGAUGGUGUCGAAUUGAAGCCAGGAGACAUUCAUAGGAUCAUUUCUGGGGAAGAUGGGACAUGUUGUUUAGGAACUUACACUUGCGAAGCGACCAAUUGUAUGGGUACUGUCAGCAGUUCUGCGUCUCUCCUUGGCUUUGAAGAUAAAUUCCCCGUUCGAAAAGAAGCAAAGGAACUACAGUCACCAAACGGUCACGAACUUGCUAGGAAUCUGUCACUUUCAACGAUUCACGAAGAGAGAACGUCACAAUUGUACGAUACGCCGCAAACCGAUCAUUCCGUCACGUUAGACGAUCGAGGAGAAGUAUCCUUCAGUUUCGAUGGUAAAGAAGUUUCUGUCAGUUUGUACGAGACACCUGAUCUCACUGAAGAAGAAGCUCUUCAGAUCGUCGAGAUGUAUGCUGAUCAGUUAUCUGAACAUGUAACAGAGCACAACGUGAUCGAACUUCCGCCAAUGCGGUUCGUCAAAGAGUCCUCGAACUCCGGAAACCUGUUAAUGGAAGCAGUGGUGAUCGACGUGUCCCCAGAUUACUUCGUGAGUGCGGAGGAAGGCGACGAUCUUCGCACGGAAGCCGAUUUCGAAGACAUGUCCAUCAUGGACGACAUAACUCGCGUCUUCUCCUCCCCGGAUCAAGACUCGCGCAGUUCGUUAAAAAGAUCCGCCAGAUACAGCUUGGACGAGGAUGACAAACCACCGGCGAGACCUCCGCGAAAGAAAUCGAGCUCCUCUUCCAAGAGCGAGAAGAGCGAGAGGAGUCAAAAAAUGGAGUCGGAAAGCUUCCACAGCGCUCAGAGGGACGAACCGUUCUCGCCGGUGUCGGCAAUGUCCCCGGUCUCUUCGUUGAAGCAAGACGACAGCGACACGUUCGCCGAUGCACUGUCAUCGGCAAGGCUCUCGAUUUCGGAGAACCAAGUGCAAAAGCUGCACGAGGACGGACGCGAGAGGAAGCGUAGUCUCAGCGGAGAGAAGACAGCCGGCUCGAGCAUAGACGAUGGGAUCGGUGGAGAUUCCUCCUUCGACUCUGUCACUGGUGCCCCGAAGAGGAAGAAACACCGGAAGAAAAAGCACAAGAGGGAGAAAGGUAGUUCGGAGGAGUCGUCGAUCGGCAGUGAAAUCGAUGGGAAACGAAAGAGGAGCGGCAACACCGAAAUGCUUCAACGUAUCGAGUCUAUAAACAAGACCGAAGAGCCGUACGUGGAAGACGUGGCUGACAAAUCCAGCGAGAAGAAACAGACCACCAGCGAGUCGGACAGAUCUCUGUCGAAAAGUAAUAAGGAACGAUUAUUGGACAACAUGAAGAGACUGAAGGGACCUGUUCUCGUAGUGAGGGACACGUUAGUGAGCAUCGAUAACCUCGAGACCAGAUUGAACAGUGGCAGCGAGGAGGAGUGUAGAACGACCAUAACGGAGAAUAUUAUUAAGCCUAUACAAAUUUUAUGCGAAGAGGUGUCUUCCAUCGAGUCGAAAGCGCUGAAGAACGCCGGUGACAGGUCGUUGAAUCAAACUGUUCGAAUCUCUUUGUUGGAAACCAUCGGUGGGCCAACGGAGGAGCUUCUCCGCGGAAUGGAACUGAUAGAACGUCAAGAGAACGUGAAGACUCGCAAGAUGGAUUUGAUCGCGAUCUUGGAGAGUCUCACGGACCCCGUGGACGAGAUUCUAAUGGGAAUCACAAAGAUCGAACAUGAACUGACGGGGCGAGCUAUCGGCGAGAAACCGGUCGCCUUGAUUCGAAUGAUCUCCGCAGUUUCUAAGCUCGAUGAGAACGUUAGAAACGUUUUGACCGCGGACAAACGAGCUGCGAGAUUGGUCGCGAGUUUGGAAGAGAUUCUUAACACGUUGGACUUCUUUUUGAACGACGUUUCCGUGGAUCCAUCUAGAGGAACGAUAGAAACUGUGGACACUGUGGUGGUCGAGUCUCUCUCGAGAUCUAUAGAUGACAUGGCACGAGCUCUCGGUCGUACUUCUACGACAAAGGAAAACGUGGAUGGUGCUUUGAACAUUGUGGAAGUACUCGCCACUCCGACGCGCGAGUUGAAAGCGAAACUGGACACUCUGAGGUCCGCUUUGGAAACUUACGAGACGAAAGGCAUCUUGUCCGAACAUCGAACGAAAUUGAUCGAGUCGCUUCAAGCUUCCGUCGGGCAGACUGUCGGUGAGAUUCAGAGAAUGAAGGAGAAGAAGCCAGCCAAUGAGGAUCAAGAAAGAACAGCGGCGGAGGAACCGAAGCAGGAUAUUCUGAAGGAAGUGAGAUCGAAUCUCCAAGAGGCAUUAAAAUCGUACGAGAACGUGGCUGGCACUCUAGAUCCUCGACUAUCCAGCAUCUUCGACCGAGUCGACGAGAUGUACCGAAGGCUGAGAACACCGCAGAAACGAGAGAUCGGUCUGGAAUCUCUGACGAGUCUGGAAGGGCCUCUUUACUCUCUCCAGUGCGCUCUAACGUCAAUUUCCGUCGCGGAAAAUUCCGAGACGAUAUUUAAACUGCUCGAACCCGUCGUUUCACAAUUAAAGUCGACGAUAACGAAUAUGAAUGAGAACUCGUUGCAACCGAUACUGGAAAUGGUUAGCAACAUCGAAGGGAUCGUCCGUCGAACAGAUAACGAACUGGAGGAGAGUGCGUCUUCCAGGUCGAUGCAGGAAGAGCCACAGAAUUUGACCGACAGGAUCCUGGAUCCACUGAUAGACGUUCAGUCAGCGUUGAGCACUACUCUGCAGAGCAUGGAAGACGUCGACUCUGUUACGAAUGGAGCGACAAGCUCUCAGAAAUUCGCCUCGUCGGAGAUAACUGCUUGCCUGGUAGAACUCAGGCAGUACGUGUCCGAUGCUGCUCACACGGCCAUGACUCUGAGAGAGGACGAAACGUUGAACAGUUUGAUGGAUCUGAAGGAACCACUGUUGGAUCUGCAGGCUGUUCUUGCCUCCAAGGAGAGAAGUUUCCAGGAGCUGCCUGUGAUUCGUAAAAUACCAAUCACGAUAGAGAAAUUGAAGACCGUCGUGUCGAAAGUAUUGAAACACUCGCGAUCGCAGGAGACGAUCAAAUGGACGAAUGAUCUGUGGAAAACGUUGGGAGACGUUGAAACCCAGUUACCAAAGACGAUAGCUCAGUUAGCGGAGGCUGAGGAGGCGGCGAAACACAUUCUGGAGCAUUUGAACGUGGACCAGAGUCUCGGCAACGUUCACUUCGCUCUAUCUUCAGUGUUGGAAAGACAAGAGAGGAGUUGUCCCUCGUACGCUUCGAGUUUGACGAUCUGUAUAGAGGAUCUGAGACAGAGUAUCGGAUCUUCGGCAGUGGCGAUUGCCAAUUUGAAGCAUCCGGUGGACGAGAAGAUCGUCGAACAGAUUUCCCUGCUGAAGGAGAGUUUGUUGAGUCUGCAGAGGUCUCUGCUGACUCAAGAACACGAGCCAGAAGAGGAACAAAUAUUGAAGGAUCUGACGAAUCCAGUUGAGAAACUGAAGAGUCUGGUUCGGGCUAUGGUAGACACGGAGGCAAGGACGGACGUGCUUCUUCCAGUUUUGGAACUGCUCGAGGAAAUAGAGAAAGACACGCCGCUCAUCGCCAAGGAGGCGUCGAAGAAGAAGGCCAAAAGAGAAGCGGAGAAACUCAUUCCGAGGAAGGAAGAACCGAAGAAAGAGAAGGUUCGAACAUUUGGUUUGGCUGACAAAAUCUUCCAGUCCUUGGACCCUAUGAAACACUGGUUGUCGACUACGUCCGAGGAGAGCACGAGAGACGAGGAAGAGUCUGCUUUGAGCUCGACCGUGGACGAACUGAAGAGAGACGUGAACAGAAUUGCCAUCGAAACGUCGUACUCCGAGCCUCCGAGUGAUGAAAAUCUGAUAGAAGCUUUGGUAGAUCUUCGCGAACCAUUGACGAGAUUGCGAAACGCUAUAGCAAUGUAUCACGAGCCAGCGGACUUGGCAACUCUAGAAGGACUGGGCAGACCGAUGAAACAUCUUCUACAGACCAUUAUAGACGUUCUGAGAGACCACGCCGAGGAAGAAGCUCUUCAACCUAUAGUGGACGUCGUGGAAGAAAUUGAAAACCAAAUACCAAUCUCCAUCAAGGAGGCUCUCUACAGGAAGGAACUAAAAGAAAUGGUUAAAUCGCUCGAGCGAGAGAAGACGGGAGUGACAGCCUCUCAAGAGACCGUGCAAGAAGAAUCUAUCCCUCGAGAGGCUGUCGCUCGCGAGAGAGAAGAGAUCACAGCUCACACCUCUCAGGAAACUAUCCCCGAGGGAACUCUGGCGGAAAGCACGACGAUGUUGCCUGAGAUACAGUUUACCGAAUCAAUGACAGAGCGAACUGCAGUCGAAGAGAUCUCCGAGAGAACAGAACAGUUGAUUACAACGAUCGAGGAGUUGCCAAAGGGAACGGAAGAUGUGAAAAAGACGAAGAGAGAGGAAGAAGCCAAGAGUUUGAUCGUUUCUCUGCCCAAGACGCUGGAGGAUGUUCAAAUGGAUAUAACAGGCAUUUUGGAAGAUUUCGAGGAACCCACCACUGGAACUACCACAAUUCCUGUUUCCAUAUUAGCUAAUUCGUUGGAGGAACUCAGAAAAACCGUCUCCGGUAUGAGAGUGAUGACAGUGAGUUACGGAAGAUCGGCAGUUUCUUACGAAGAAAUAGUUCGCGAAACAAUUUCCGUGCUGAGAAAUCUUACGCGACCUUUGAACGAUCUUCAGAAGAUUCUUCAGCAGUCGCACCAACACGGAGCUCAAGAGCUGGUAAUUCUGAACCAUUUGAUUCAACCGCUAGACUUGAUCGAAUCCGAGGUGGUUAACCACGCGGUCCGGAAACUCGAUGGAAAUUCUAACGUGAGGGAGAAUUGCGAGCCAAUUUUGAAUCUUCUUCGAGACAUCAAAGAUACGAUACCGAUCGUCGUGAAGGACAUUCAUUCUAGGCAAGAGCUUCUCGGAUCUCUUCGUGAGAUUUCGAAACCGUUGGAAAACAUCGAGGAACAAAUGAAGAUGCUCGAGAGCCAGGCCGAGGAAACUCUAGAGACGGACGUGGCCAGAAUUCUGGUAAAGCCACUGGAAUACUUAUUGAACACGAUAAAAGUGACAUCGCAGGAGCUCGAACUGUUAGACCAACGCAGAGCGAUUGUGGUCGAACUUCGAACUCUCGUCGAGCCACUGGUGGAGUUUUUGAGCAGUCUGUCAGUGGUUCAGAGCAGCAGGAAGAGUUUAGUUCCAGAGUCGGCCCUAUUAGACGAGAGGCGAAGUGUUAUUUCAAAGUCUGUCGAAGGUUUGCAAAGGCAAGCUUCGAUCGUUUUGGAGAGGAUUUGUAACUUGGAAGGGGCGACGUUGUUCGAGGGUGCACUGAGCUCGUUGAAGAACGCCACUCUCUCUGUUCAGAAGCAAAUUGGCAGGACUGAUUACUCGAGAAGAUCCAGCAGCGUAGAAUUCACUCUUCAGUACAAUCUUUCGAGCUCGUUUAAUCAUUUGAGGAAUACAAUCGCAACUUUGGACGAAAGCGUGGAGGAACCGAUUCACGAGGUCAUCACCAAGUCGCUGGAAGCUUUGCAGAAGCAAAUCACUCUGUCGCAAACACAUUUCAUGCAAACGAUCAACGAGCAACCGGUAGAUGAAGAGGCUAUCGUGGAAGGAUUUUUGUAUCCGACUAAUCAGCUAAGGUCAGCUUUGAACACACUGAGAGAGAUGAUCGAUCAGAAAACGAUACCAUCGAUUUCGGUUCAAUCUGUGACGCUUCUUCAGGCUCUGGCCAAUUCUACUAUUGAACUGGCUUCUUCUUUGUCGCUUCAUAAAGUUAGGUUGAUAAGAGAGGGUGCUUCCGAGGGAUCCUCGCUCGUGGAAACGUUGUCUGCUAUGGUGGACGUUUUGGAGAGUGUGAAGGAUUCUAUAAGGGAGAUUGAGAAGGUGGCGAAUGAAAGAGGGAACGUUGUGACGGAGGUGAAAGAAGAGAAAAUUUCUUCGGACGUUCCCAUCACCAUUACACAGAUCGAAACUAUCGUGGAUGAGAUUAUCGAGAUUUCGAAGGAGGAGGUGGAGAGUGUGUUGACUGUCGAAGAAGUGCCAACUGAGGAAGAUGGAUUGAAGAUAGAGGAAAUAAAGUCUGAAGAGAAGGUCGACGAGCUUCGGGAAAUAAAAGCGGAAAGAGUUGAAGAUAUCGAGAGAAUGAGAGAAGAUAAAGUUGAAACUCUAGAAGAAUUGAAGGAAGAGAAAGUAAAGGCUCUUGAAAUUACUCAAGAAGGGGAGAUUGAAGUCAUUCGAAUAACGGGGAAAGAAAAGCUUGAUACUAUCGAGGGAGUAACAGAAAAGAAAGUGGAGACCUUGGAAGGAACGAAAGAAGAAAAAGCGAAGGCACUAGAAACAACUGAAGAAGGAAAAGUCGAAGAAGUUCUUCGAGUAAUGGGAAAAGAGAAAAUUGAUUCUCUCGAAGGAACGAUAGAAGGGAAAGUUGAUGCCUUCGAAGGAAUGAAAGAAGAAAAAUUGAAAGCUGUUGGAGUAAUUGAAGGAGGAAAAGUUGAAGCCUUUCAAAUAAUGGGAAAGGAAAAAGUUGAAAUCCUCGAAGGAUUGGCGGAGGAAAAAAUCAAGGUUCUAGAUACAAGUGGAGAAGACAAAAUGAAAGCUCUUGAGGUAACUGAAGAAGUAAAGCUCGAAACUCUCGAAGUAAUGGGGAAAGAAACAGUCGAAUCUUCCGAACUGAUAAAAGAAGAAAUGAUUGAGAUUCUCGAUGGAAUAAAAGAAGAAGCAGCUUCUGAUACAAUUGAAGAAAGGAAAGGAGAAGUUGUUAAAGUAACAGGAAAAGAAAAAAUUGAAACUCUUGAUGAAAUGACAGAAGGGAAAGUUGCAAAGCUUGAGGAAAUAAAAGGAGAACCAACCAAAGCUCUUGAAAUAACCGAAGAAGAUAAGAUUAAAAGUCUUCAAAUAACAGGCAAAGAAAAAAUUGAAACUCUCGAAGGAGUAACAGAAGGAAAAGUGGAAAUCUUAGAAGAAACGAAAGAAGAAAAGGCAAAGGCACUAGAAACAACUGAAGAAGGAAAAGUCGAAGUUCUUCGAGUAAUGGGAAAAGAAAAGAUUGAGGAUCUGGAAGAAAUGAUAGAAGAAAAAAUUGAAACUUUGGAACAAGCGAAACAAGAAGAAACGAAGGCAGUUGAAACAACUGAAGAAAGAAAAACUGAAGUUCCUCAAGUAAUGGGUAAAGGAAAGGUUGAAGAUCUCGAAGAGAUGAAAGAGGAAAGAGUUGAAAUCUUGGGAGAAAGUAAAGAAGAACAAACGAAAGCUUUCGAACUAACUGAAGAAGGGAAGGUUGAAUCUGUUAAAGCGACAGGAAAAGAAAAGGUUGAAACCAUUGAAGAAAUAGAAACAGAGGAGAAAAUUGAAAUGCUCGAAGAAACAAAAAGGGAAUUGAUUCAAGCUGUUGAACUGACUGAAGAAGAAAAGGCAGAAAGUCUUCGAGUAAUAGGGAAAGAAAAAGUUGAAAUUCUUGAGGGAAUUGAACAAGAAAAGGUUGAAACUUUCGAAGAAAUUAAGAAGGAGGAAAUGAAAGCUCUCGAGGUAGCUGAAGAAAGUAAAACUGAAGCUCUUCAAAUAACGGGGACAGAAAAAGUUGAAACUCUCCAAGAAGAUACACAAGAGAAGGUUGAAGCUCUUAAACUGAUUGAAGAAGAAAAAGAGAAAGCUGUUGAAAUAAUUGAAGAAGGAAAAGCUGAAGCUCUGAAAGCAAUGAGGAAGGAAACAGUGGAAUCUGUUGAAUUGAUAAAGGAAGAAAAUGUCGAAGCUGUUGAAGGAGUGAAAGAAAAAGAUAUAAAGGCUGUUGAAACUAUCGAAGAAGAACAACUCCAAAUAAAGGGAAAAGAAACGAUUGAAUUUGCUGAAUUGAUAGAAGAAGAAAAAGUUGAAGCACUUGAAGCAACGAAAGAAGAAACAGUUAAGGCUCUUGAAGCAAUCGUUGAAUCUCCUGAAAUAAUAGAGCAGAAGAAAGUUGAAAGUGUUGAAGUUAUGAAAGUUGGAAAAGUCGAAUCCGUUGACGGCCUGAAAGAAGAAAUAAUUGAGGAUCUUGAGGUGAUAAAAGAAGAAAAAUUAGAAGCAGUGGUUGAAACAAUCGAAGAACUGUCCAGAACAGAGGAAAAAGUUGAAAUAUUAUCCGAAAAGGCAGAAGAGUUGUCCGUGAAAGAAGAAAAAGUGGAAACUUCACUACAGACGACAGAAGAAACAGCAAAGAUUGUUGAAAAAGUAGAAACUCCUCUUGAAGUAACUGAGAAAUUGGUAAAAGAAGAAAAAGCUUUAACAGAGAAAGCGGAAGAAACUGCUAUUGAAGACAAAGAGACAAUAUUGUCUGAAAAAGAAAUGAUAGCAGAAAAAUUAGAAGAAGCAUCAACUCUCAAAGAAAUAACCACACAAGUGAUGGAAUCAGAGAAAAAGCAAGUUGAAAUUGAAACAAUUGAGAAAGUAGAAGAAAGAACUGAAAAAGAAGAAGCACAUGUCGAAGAAGUAAAAAUAGAAGAAUUUAAAAAAUCAGAAGAAUUAGCACAGAAGCAAGAAAUUAAAGAACAAAUAUCUGACAAGAUAGAAGAGGGAAAAAUCACAGAAGAAUCUUUGGAGAAAACAAAAGAAGAAACCAGCGGAUCAAAAGAAUUAGCGAGACAAGAAGAGAUCAUUGAAGCCUUAUCUCAAAAAAUAGAAGACUUAACAAAGGCAGAGGAAGAAAGAAAUCAGAUUACGAUCAAUCAGAUACAAAAAACAGCUUCAUCGAUCGAUACUUUGCAACAACCAUUCAAGGAAUUAACCAAUCUCGUGUCUGUAGCUCUAGACGAACCUCUUUCCUCAAAAUCCGAAGAAGAAAAACGAAGAAUCCGAGAAUUAACAGCCCUAAUUCAAAUCUUGUACGAUUUAAAAGCAACAAGCUCAUCUGUUCAAACUACGUUAUCUUCUUCCUCGCUUUCAGAACUUGAAACGCAAUUUCUUCAGUUGUUGGAUUCUUUAAUAAACAUGGAUCAAGCUACAGAAAAGAUUCUUCGCUUGACUCAGAAAGAAUUGGCACCAGCAUUGAAAGAAAACGUAAUGGUGUCUCUUCAAAUACUUCUUGAACCUUUAACGUCCCUUCAACACGAGCUUUUUUCCAUCCAAGAAGCAACUGCUCAACUGUCCACGGACUAUUACUCGCUGCUUACAAACUCGCGAAACGUCGACGAAGUGAUUUCAGAACUAAUGAAAGUAAUUCGCAAGACUGCCGAGACGAAGAGUAUGAAAGUGGUCGAGGAGAUGAAAGUAAUGGCGAAAUCGAAAGAGGAGAGUUCAGACAUUGAGGAAACCACGGCGAAGCCUCUCGAGGAACUCAUCGAGGUACUCAUGGUUUCUCAAGAGAAAGUGAAGCCAGAGGAUGCUUCGCCACUUGAUUCGGUCUCGCUCUCGAUAGAACCGACUGAAUUGCUCGAGAAACAGAAAUUAAUCAGCGACGAAGAGACGAAAUUGGAAGCAGAACUCGUAAAGAAGAUAAUCAGUCCAAUAGAGAAUCUUCGCGAAGCGAUCGCGAAGAUCGAGCAAGAGAAAUUGGAGGAAACUGAGGAGUUGCCUACGAUGAAGACAGCUACUGUCAUAUUGAGCACUAUUAUCCAUCCUUUGGAGGAAUUGGAACAGUCUUUGAACAUCUCUUCUCAGCAGCAGACUGCAAGAACUGAAGAAAUCGCGGAAGAAAUGAAAUCAAACGUCCCGUAUUUGCAGUCGUUGCCGGUAGCCGAUGUUUUCGAACAACUGAAGAGAUCCAUCGCCACGAUUCAAGAAGAUACGAUCCUCGAAGCGAGUGAAGAGGUCAAGAGAUCGGAAGGCAAAGCGUUAAUCGUUAAAGAAGUGGAAGAAUCUCUGGAAAAUCUCAAAUUUUCCGUCGGUGCAGUGCAGAAAAUAGUAACAUCCGAAUGUGAAGCUACUGAGACACUUUCUAAUAUAGAGAAGACAUCUACAAUUGAAACGUUCGUUAAGUCUGUGAUGGAAUUAGGAGAGAAAUGCAUGGCGAUUGUUAGACAUCCUCCAGUGAAAAUAGAAUCGCCUGAAAGGAUUCAGAAGGAAGAAUUGAAGCAAGUUUUGGAAAUGAUAGCUCAGCCUAUGCAAGUGCUGCGCGAAAUUGCUUCUGAAACUGAAGAACAAAAAACCGAAGAGGUACAAGUUCUAGACGAGACGAGUAAAAACGUGGCGGAAGCUUUGAAACCUCUGGUGCAUCCUCUGGAAGAACUGGAACAACUGCUGAGCACUGCGGUGCAAGAAGUUGACACGUCGAAGGAUGAAACGACCGAAGAAACGAGGAAGACUGCUUUGUCUGCGGAGAAACUGAAGCUUAGUCCUGUUUUGGAGGAAUUGCAGAGGUCUAUUGUGGUGAUAGAGGAACAGAUAGCUCUGCAGCCGAAGAAACUCGACGUAUCGACUGAAAAGGUUGAAGCUUCUAUUGCCGAAUUGAUAGAAAGUCCGCUAGAAAAUCUGAAAUCUGCAGUAGCAGCCAUUCAAACCGUCGAAACGGAAGAAACUGGCAAAGAGGGGACGACCGCUUUGAGAACGAUUGCUAAGUGCGUGGAAGAGAUAGCAAAAGUGACUUCGGUUGCUUCUACUCGGCAGGAAGUUGAUGUUAGCGUCUUGCAGCAGCCACAGAUUGCUAAGAUAGACGUGCAAGAGUUUGGGCAGCAAGCUCUGGAUGCUAUAACGAGUCCAAUUCAAGUUCUACGUGAGACCGUCUCCAAAAUUGACGAACAACAGGCACAAAAAGUCGAAGCUUUGACUGUGUCCGAAACGAAAGAAGUUGCUAAUGUUUUACAUAGUUUGGUCGAACCUUUGGUACAGUUAGAGAAAUCUCUAUCAGUGGCUGUCCAAGAGACGAGCAUGAUCAAAGAGGAGUCCGCCUCAGAAUUGAAAGACGUUCGAUCUUCGGUAAAAUUGAACGUCGAGCCUGUUUUGCAACAGUUGGAGAAGUCUAUCGCUGUGAUUCAGGAACAGGUCUCUCUGGAAGCUGGUAAAGAAGAAUCGCAGGAUAUGUUGGAAACUUCUGUGGCGAAAACGAUAGAAGAACCUCUGGAACACUUGAGAUCCUCGGUAGCAGCUGUCAAAGAGAUAAUAAUGGAGGCAGAGCAAACGAGUGAUUUGUCGGGCAUGGACAAAACUUCGAUCUUAAAAUCGUUCGCAAAGUCUGUGGAAGAAAUCGGCGAGAAGUGUUUGGCGGUAAUUUCUCAGCAGCAAGUUGGAACGGAGUUAAUUUCCAAAGAAUCGAAAGAACCACAAACAGAGAUAUUAGAAAUGGUUAUCGCUCCUCUUCAAGUACUGAGAGAAGUUAUUAACAAACUAGAAGAAGAGAAACUGCAACAGGUGGAAGCUUUCGAGUCUCCAGAGUUAACUGCACCAGGAAACAUUGCAUUGAAGAUCUUGGUGGAACCGCUACAAAAAUUAGAGACUUCCUUAUCUUCCACCGUCCGACAAGCCGUCUCGACGAAACUCGAAAAGACUGAGGAAAUGUCUCAGGCAGCUACCUCCGUGCAACAAUUGGACAUCAAAUCUGUCAUGGAAGAACUUCAGAAAUGCGUGGCGACGGUGCAAGAACAAGUAAAACUACAAUCGACGACAGAAGAGUCUGUUAAGAGGAAGACCUCUCUCGCUCAAGCUGCUGAGAAAUCAUUGCAAGACUUGAAUUCUUCCCUCGCGGUCAUUCAGAGCGCAGUGUCCAUUGAACCGAGCGCAGAAGAAACGCUGUCAGAAGCCGAGAAGGUGACAGUGUUGCAGCAGUUCGCGAGAUCGGUGCAAGAACUGGAGGAAUGCUUGGUAGUGGUGAGCGAGCAAGAAGUAAAGGAAGUAAUGGAGACGGCGAUGGAACUAAGAGUAGCUGAAAAACUGGAAGCACAAGUUCUCGAGACGAUUAUCACGCCGGUCCACACGCUGCGCGAGACUAUUAUGAAGAUACAGGAAGAGAGCACUGAAGAAGUUGAAGCGUUAGAGCCAGGAGAAGUUAAUAUGCAGACGUUGACCUCUUUGGUGCAUCCACUGGAACAGUUGGAAAGAUGUUUGGUGAACGUGAUUCAACAGACGUGUAGUCAAACAGUCGAAUCUGUGGGAGAAAUGAAGGAGGAAACGCCACAAACUGUCAUUCUGCCGAUUUUGCAAGAAUUGAAAGAGAGUAUUCUUAGCGUCGAAGAGCAAUUAACUGCGAGUCCUGAAGAAUCCUCGAAAAUGGGGAUUGCGAGGAGUAUAAACAAGGCGAUUGAAGAAUUGAAGACAUCCGCCAUUGCCGUCGAACAAGUCGUCACACUUUCUUCGGAAGAGACUGAAGAAACAAAGACUAAGAAGACAUCUGUCUUGCAGGAUUUUGCCAAGUCGAUAGAACAGUUGGAAGAAAGAUGUUCAGCAAUGAUGAGUCAGAGAAAAGUAGAGAAGAAGUUGGAAGAAGCUGAGAACCAGCAGGCAAAGGUGGAUGUUGAAGUUCUUCGAAAGAUAAAUGAUAAAAUACGUAUACUCUGUGAAUCGUUCUCUGAGAUCAAAGAAGAGAAAAUGCAGCAGGUGGGAGAAUUGAAAAUAGAAGAGCAAACUGGUGUGAAAUUGAACGUCCUCGUAGAACCGUUAAAUAUACUGCAGCGAGUUUUACAGACUGCACUUGAAAAAGGUAAAAUAGUGGAAGAAGAUACAACGAAAGAGUUGAAGAAAACCGAGAUUCCUGUUGAGAAAUUGAAUUUGCAGCCUGUAUUGGAAGAAUUGCAGAGAUCUCUAGUCGUUGUUCAACAACAAACGAGCGAGACUGCGUCAGUUUCAACGGAAGUCGAUGAAAUUAGAUUGAUCAAGGCUGCCGAGGAAUCUCUCGAACGGAUGAAGCUGUCUGUCUCAGCUGUUCAGGAAAUGACGAUUUCUCAGCAAGACGAAACUAAGGAGUUGAAGACAGGCGAGGAGAAGUCUCGAUUGGAAGCUUUCGCACGAUCGAUAGAAGAAGCUGGAGAGAGACUAUUAGCUGUAGUAAAGCAACACGAAGUGAAGCAACCUGAAGACAUUCCAACGAAGAAGAAAGUGGUCGACGAUUUUGUGAAAACUGUGAUCGAGCCUAUCAACGAAUUACAAGCGACAAUCUUGAAUAUAGACAAAGAGAGUGCAUUAUCAGGAAAGAAGGGGGAGGAAGAAGCUGUAGUACUUCUGAAGAUGAUACAACCUCUGCACAAACUCGAGGAUUCGUUCCUAUCAGCCAUGCAGAAAGAGACAGUAACCGAGUACGAAACUGUCAAGGAAGUUCCUCAAGCAAUUCCAGUUCUGCAGCAACUGCCCGUUAAAUCCACGCUAGAGGAGCUAAAUAAAAACGUGGUAGAAAUUCAGAAGCAACUGGUCCUUGCGAAGGAAAGCUUAAGUUUGACAGAAGACACCGAGGACUUUUCUGUGAUGAGAAACCUGGAGAGAUCACUGAGCGACUUGAGAACGUCGGUGGCUGUGGUGCAACAGUUGACAACGAUAGAAAAACCUGGGGAGCAAAUUCUAGACGUGGAAAACGCGUCUGCGUUGCAGGCGUUCGGCAAAGCAGUGGAGGAGUUCAAGAAGCAGUGCUCUCUGGUCGUCACGAAGCCAAGAGUCAUCGCUGCGAUUGUAGGAACGACAAGAGAACCAGAGAAACUCGAAGCUCGAGUCUCGGAACAGAUUCUUGUUUCAUCUAAAUUGUUGCAAGAGUCAGUCUCGACUAUAGAAGAGAUCAAGCUUCAAGAAGCUGAGAUAUUGGAAACGUCUGACAUGAAGAAACCGAUGACACUCUUGAGCGAGUUGAUACCACCGUUGCAACGAUUGGAGCAAUCAUUCGUCGCCGCGAUUCAAGGGGAACACGUGACGGAACACGCUGCAGAGAGUCUAGAUGCUGACGAGAGAAUGUCGUUGUUUGAGAAAGCAACUUUGAAACCGAUACUCGAAGAGUUCCAAAAGUCGAUCGCAGCAAUCCAAGAGCACGCAACGAUGGAAGAGUACGUGGGAAGUUUGUCAGAAACCGAGGACGCAGCGUUUCAGUUGAAGACAAUGGCUCAGACGUUGACAGACUUGAAGACUUCCGUCGCUGCUAUUCAACAGACCACUGAAUCUGUCGCAGAGUUUGCAAAGGAUCUGUCGCAGACUGAAAGCGUUGCAGCGUUCGAAAUGUUUGCAAAGACUCUUCGCGAUUUGGUAGAACGCGUAGCUACGAUCGACCAUCAACAGGUGAUUAUAGAACCAGCAGCGGACACCAUAUCGGAAGAUGCUUCUUCUUUGAAGACUUGGGCCGAUGUCGUGGAGGGAGCAACCGUUCAAGUCACAGAACCGAUGAUCGUGGACCAGGGUGCCAUCGAAUCGCCUUCGGAAAUGGUUGUUUCGAUAUCUGAGGAGGAAACGCAGGCUUUAAAGAGCUUGGCUAGACCUUUGAACGAACUGAAGGAGUGUCUGGCGGUAGUCGUCGAAGAAAGAAAAUCAAUGGACGCGAACGACGUUGCCCUGACAUUGUCCGAGAAGGAAGAUAUUUCUUUGUUGAAGACUAUGGCUCAACCUCUGUUGGAAUUGAAGAAUGCAGCUGUGUCUGUUAUUCAAGAGCAAACAGCUAUCGAAUCGGCGAAGGAGAAGUCGUUCGAAGGCGAAGAAAAGCCAGAGACUACAUUGAAUCCGCUGAUUGUACCGUUGGAAGAACUCUGCAAUUCGAUUGCCUUGAUCGAGGAUCGUAUGCUGGUUGAGUCUGUGGACGAUCGAUCGGCAGACGAGAUUUCUUUGCUGUCUGCUCUAGCCGAGCCUUUGAUCACUCUUCACAGAAGCAUCUCCGUGCUUGAAGAACGAGUGAUAUCACCUGAAGCGGAAGCAAUGCCAGAAGAAUCGAAUAACUGGAUCGCUGAAUGCUUAGCUGUCCCUUUGGAGGAGAUAGAACGAUCUAUCGCUGAGAUUCGCGAGUGUAUCGUGAUGGAACCUGAGCCCGGAGCUGGCGAAGAGAUGAGGAUUGACACGCCAGAUUGGUCAGUGAUAGAGAAACUGAUGCAACCGGUGGAAGUCAUAAGAUCGACGAUCAUUCGAAUGGAGGAAAAUAUUACGAAAGAUAGGAAACCGGAAGAGGAAAGUGAGUACGACGUUGUGAAGACAUUGGUGCAGCCGUUGAUUGAUGUUCAAGAAAGCUUCCUGGUGCUGAAAAAUAAAACUGAUAUGAGUAUAGAAGAGGAGGAAGCUAGUAUCGAUGCAAUCGUAGACUCGUUGUCUAAUCUUGAAAAGAGCAUAUCGUUCAUCGAAGAACAGGCUGCUGAAAAAUUACAGAGACCUCCAAGCGGAGAGGAAACUGUAAUUGGAGUCUUAGCUGAGCCUCUGACGCAAUUGAAAGAGAAGAUCAUGACAGUGGAAGAGUCUUCGACCGUGUAUCUUGAAAAUUUGGAGAAACCAUUGAAGGGAUUGCAAGCUGCUUUGGAAACAAUGUUGUCUGACGAAAGUCAACAAGUGCAAAAGCGAAAGAAAGAGAGCGCCGUUUCUGUGGAAGAAGCCGCGAGAAUAUCGACGAAACUGAUUAAUUCUAUCAGAGAAGCGAAUGACUCUAUCGAGUCGAUUGAUAACAAGAUAGAAAGUUACAAAGGACUGCUAGGACUGGAGAUUCAGAUCGAGAAGGAAGCUUUGAAGACGUUAGCCAAGCCGCUUGAACAAAUUAAACAGGGAAUUCAGAGUUUGUUGGAUAGACAAGAGAUUGAAGAUGAGAUUAUGGGUUCGUUGACGAAGCUUCGAAAGGCGAUUGCUAUUAUCAGAGAGCAAUCUGCUGACAAACCUGUAGCCGAACCAUCGCAUUUGGAGAUUACGGAGAUUUUUGGAGUAUUAAGAACUUUGAAUGUCAGUUUGAACGAGUUGGAAGUUUCUACUGAAAAGGUUGAAACACUGUGGAAGGAAAAUUUGCAUGGAGAAGGACUUGUAGAAUUGGAAGCUCCUGUUUCGAAUUUAAUGAACGAUAUAAAUCUGCUUCGGGAUAAAUUGUUAAAUGUGCAGAUAGUGUGGGAGAAGGAUGAAGAGAAGAAGAAGGAGAAGAAGAAAAAGAAAGAAAAACUUGAGGAAGAGGAGAAAACGAUGGAUACGGAGGAGGAAAAACAUAAGAAAACAAAGGAGGUUGAAAAACAGAGACAGGAAAAAGAAGAGAGAAAGAAAAAGGAAGAAGAAAAAUUGAAAGAAGAGGAAGAGAAAAAGAAAAAAGAAGAGGAUGAGAAAUUGAGGCAGGAAGAAGAAGAA